AUGUCGGUCGAAUGCGAUACAAUGCCAUUCGUGAGCGACACGGUAUCGCCUCAAUAUGAGAAGCGCAACAGCUUCGAACCUCAACUCGAGAAGCGUGACAGCAACGACAGCGUCAGUUCAUCAGACACAAUCAACUCCAACUACAAACCUCCCGGCCGCCUUGGAGACCACAACAUGAAAUUCUUCCAAGAACCCCGAGCACAUCCCAAACUCGUCGAGACAUUUCGAGCCUUCGGCGUCGAUGGCUCACAACCCAAUCCGUUCAAACAUAUGAAGUGGGAGGAUCUGUGCUCGAACAACCAGAUGGCACAGAAUCACGUCGACACCGCGACGAUAUAUGAAAUGCUGCCGAAUGACCUACCCGAGGAUGAGUUCGAACCGAAAAUCUUGCAACGGACGGUCAAGUACAAGACGUUCGAUGGGACCGAGAGGAAGUUGCAUGUCUUUGAGCCGGAGGAUUCUGAUGGACUCCUGCCGUGCGUUGUGUAUACUGCGAGUGCAGUGACGAUUCUGGAGACUGCGAAUAAGGUACAUUUCCGGUGGUGCACUUCUCUAGCUCUCCAAGGGAUGGUAGUAAUAGCAGUGGACUUCCGAAGCGCCUGGACCAACGGCAAACACUACCCCUUCCCUACCGGCCUAAACGACUGCGUCUCCGCCUUCGAACACAUCAACGCCCGAAAAGAAGACUUCGGCAUCUCCAAAAUCAUCCUACAAGGCGAAAGCGGCGGAGCCAACCUCGCCCUCGCAACAGCUCUCCGCGCCAAAAAGGAGGGCUGGUCCGACCAAAUCGCCGGCGUCUACGGCAUCUCACCCUGGAUCAGCAACGCCUACGGCUGGAGCGACGCCCGCAAACUCGAAGAGCUACCCUCUCUCUUCGAAUGCGAAGGGUACUGGCUGUACACCGCCAUGCUGGCGGGCAUGGGAGAGUAUUACAGUGGUGAGGAUAAUCAGAAUUCUCUCGCGUGGCCGUAUCAUGCGACAGUGGAAGAGUGUAAGGGUCUGCCGCCGCAUACGUUGGUGAUGGACGAGUUGGAUCCCUUGAAGGAUGAGGGCAUGGCGUAUUAUCGCAAACUGCUAGCAGCGGGCGUGCAGGUGAACGCGCAUGUUAAUCUGGGCAUCGUGCAUGGUUCGGCGUUGAUGUUCAGGAGAUUAUUGCCCGAGGUGCAUAAGAAAGCCAUCUUGGAUAUAGCGGUUUUCGUACAGAGCUUAUGA